AUUAACAAAAAAAAAAAGAAAUAUUUAAUUAAAAAAAUAUUUAAAAAUUAAAUCUGGUCUCAGGUACAAAGAAAAAGUUAUACAAAACAUUGCCUAAAAUUUAACAACAAAAAAAAAAAACAAAUAUUGGUGUUAAAAAUGCUUUCUUCAAAGUUAAAUAAUUAACCACAUUUGAGACAAGCUUCGGACGCGGAUUUUCAAUUAAAUUAACCCAGUACUGUACAAACAAAUAGCAACAUGAUUAUGGUGCAACAUUUGGUGGCAGCAAAUGCCCAUACAUUUGCCAAUGCAGCCAGUGCCGCCCCAGCCUCGCCUUCACCCUCGCCGCCACCUGCCACAAAUGGCCAUUUACACAGUCCUCUGGCAUCGCCCACAGCCUCAACAGCCUCCACAUCACAGCAGACAAUAGCCUCCUCGCCGCUCUCAUCACCGGCUGGCGGUGAUAUGGUGGCGGCUGUCUCAAAACUAAGCUGUAGCCUGGAUUCGAAUCAUAGUCACAGCAAUUCAUCCGCCAGCUGCCUGAUGUCGUCAUCAUCAUCGCCACAACACAGGAAUACAAAUGAGGUCAAAGAAAAUUGGUGCCAAGUCGCCACAACAGCAGCAGCAGCAGCAGCUCAUACAUCGCGUACAACGCCUUUAGAUGCAAACAACAUAAAUCCCAAAACGCCAAGUGCCAUAUGUGCAGUGGAGCAGCAGCAGCAGCAGCGCGGGGAUGAGCACAGGGAGCCCGAGGAACACAUGACCUAUAACAAAGAUCUAUCGCAGAGUCCCCAGCACAGUCCCUCAACUUCGCCGGCCUUGUCGCAUCACUCCUCCACCAGCUCAUCAUCACAAGUUCAAAAGCGCGUGGUGGACACAAAGUCCGCCACAACGACGGAGGAGGAUAAUCACGAUUCGAAUCCCAUAUCCACCUGUCAGAAAUUUGCUGUCCUCUACAAUCAUCUGAGACAACAGCAACAACACACACGUCCCGAUUCCAUGGACACUGAAUCCAUUUCACAGCCCAUAAGGCGUUCGGUUAUCACCAGUCGCGAGGAGGAAGAUUCUUUGUCCGAAGAGCGUUCAGCAUCGACAGGCUCGGAGGAGCACAUUGCCAAGGAUCCAGAGGAGGAUCAGCGGCAUUAUGAGCCCCGUCAUCCACAUUCACAUCAUCAUCACUACCCUAAUCUCCCGCCAAAUCAUCACGGUCACCACAUGACCCCCCAACAUCCUCCCUCGGAUCAUUAUCACACCGAUGAAGAGGACGAGGAGGAGGACUUCGACGAUGAAGCGCCCCUGGAUUUAUCUUUACCCACAAAACUUGCCAGAAAUCGUGCUCGCACUUAUUCCGGUUCGGAUUCCGAUGAUUCCGGCUCGGGUUUGAAUGAUGGUGAUCGCAUGGGAUCCGGUGGCUUGGCUCGACGCCUAAAGCCCGAGGAACGCAAAGCUGCUUACAAAAAGUCACUAAUGAAGAGAUAUUAUACCGAAAUUCCUAUUAUCAAACAAUCAACAAGUCCGGGACCUCAUCUACAUAACCUGCCACCAUCAUCACAUCAUGUGCAACAGGCUGCACUCCAGCAGCAGCAACAACAGCAACACUCACACCCGCAUCCACACCAACAGACAACACAACAUCAACAGCAACAACAACAGUCGCCAUUAACGCCACAACACCCGAAUGGAAAUCCAGCGGCGUUUGCAGGAUCAGGACCUGUUCUCAAUAUUAAAACCGAGCAAAAUGUUUUAACGUCACCGAAUCAACACCAGCAGACCCAUGGUGGGGGUGGUGGCGGCAUUAAUUUACAGCAACAACACAACAGCCUAACAGGACCCUCAAGCAACAAUAGUCUACAGUCAUUGAAUAUACCACACCGACCAUUGUUGCACAAUUUGCUGAGUGGCGGCUCACUGCACAGUACACAUCACAGGAGUUAUGGUGCAGGGACAACAGGUUCAUUUCCCCCCAGUCCGGCCGACAGUGGUGUAUCGGAUGUGGAUAGCUCGAGCUCGGGAGGCCAACCCUGCAGCGAUGAACUCAAGGCCCGUUUGGGUCUGCCACCCCACUGUUCGACGCAUCCCUCUCAUCUGGCUAACGGUACAUUUCUGCAUCCGAAUCUAUAUCAGAAUUCUCAAAUCAGGAAUAUAUGGAAUCGUGGAAUGGCUGAAAACUACUACUUACCCUUGGCAGCAAAUGGUGCAGGCGGUGGUGGUGGAGGAGGUGGUGGCGGCGUCAUCAACUCAUCCAACAACGGCCCAGUGGUUAAUAACAGCGUAACCUGCAGCUCAACAGCGCCCAAUGGCGCCUAUGGUGCGCCGCCCUAUUUUACAACUCCCUCUCCGCCUCGUGCCGCCGUCGGUUUGGCUUCACAUCAUUCCCUACAUCCACAUCAGCAACAUGCUUUGCACUCGCACCAACAGCAUUCCUCCGUCUCCAAUCCCACAGUUGGUUCGACCAGCAACGGUGUCCUUACCUCCAACGGCGUUCUGUCACAUCAACAAAGCGUCAUACAACCGGCCACAUCGAGUGUUAACUAUGAUCUCUCCUAUAUGCUGGAACUGGGUGGUUUUCAACAGCGUAAAGUGAAAAAGCCACGCAAGCCCAAAAUCGAAAUGGGUGUCAAGCGACGCAGUCGUGAGGGUUCCACCACCUAUCUGUGGGAAUUUUUACUCAAGCUUUUGCAGGAUCGUGAGUACUGUCCGCGUUUCAUUAAGUGGACUAAUCGUGAGAAGGGUGUUUUCAAACUGGUCGAUUCCAAGGCGGUGUCACGGCUCUGGGGCAUGCAUAAGAAUAAACCGGAUAUGAAUUAUGAGACCAUGGGUCGGGCACUGCGCUACUAUUAUCAAAGAGGCAUACUGGCCAAAGUUGAUGGUCAACGUUUGGUCUAUCAAUUUGUUGAUGUUCCCAAGGAUAUUGUGGAAAUCGAUUGUAAUGGUGUUUAAAUGUAUGCAGAGCAAAAUCGCAACCAUAUUUAUCCGAAGGAGAGAACAUAAGGCAAAACAUAGGCGGAAAAGCAACAGCAGCAGCAGCAACACAAAAAUAAAUAAAUUUUUAACUGUUUUCGUAAUUGGUUAACCUGUCUUUCGGGCCAUAUUUAGAGACAAGAUUUUUGGAUAUUGCCUGCCCUCCCUCACAUAACGAUCCCCAAAUUGAUUUCCCCCAGAAUAACAGUUAUGGGUUCACAUUUCCAUGGCCUGGAUGAUGAUGCAUUUUCAUUUGGAAAAUAUUUGCCCUCUCAUAUGCCAUUGGUUGUGGAGUGAGAUUAUUUUCCAAUAUGCCAAGGAUCCAAACGUAUGCAACAUGCCCACUGAUGCUGAUGGAAAGGUGUAAAGAUCGCUCAAGGAUCAUUUGUUUUCAAUUUUCACCAAAAAAUAUUAAUGGAAUCCUCAAAACAGUUACGGACCAAAACAAACAGGCAGCACACUCAGUCCCUCUGCAACAUCAGAAAGGAGAGCAAACUUACUGAUCGAACACACACACACAUACAAGGACAGUAGCUUUCUAAGAUCCAAAGUCGAAUCGAAGCCUAGCUUAAGAUUUUGUAUGCCAAUCAAAGAAAACUAUUUUGAAGGACACCCCAAAGUCCUUACAAUGAAUGGUCUAGCAACAAAUUACAAAAAAAAAACAAAAACAAAC